CAAUGAAUCAGGUUUUUCAAAAUAACUCCAUAUUUUGUACAAAGCCAAAAAUUACUUCGGUAAUACCUUCCUUAACCAAAAGAUCAUCGAAUAACUUACAUCUUUUACUUAAAACUUCACCAGUCAAAGUAAUAAAUGAUCUAUAGUCCAUACGCGGGGGCGGCAUUUUUACCUAAAAAUGUGGUAAGGUGAUAAUUUAAAUUAUAAUAGACAAUCUGAAAUGGAAAUCAUAAACCCACAAGAUUCUACCACUCCAAACAAUAGAAACAAGCGGAAACGUAAGAAAACUUUCUUACAGAAUGCAAAAAAAUAUGCCAAAAAGGGGUAUUACGGGAGAGGAUCCCAUAUGGAUGCAGAUACAUAUCAAUAUUUUGUUCGCAUAUUGGAGGCAUAUAAAGAAGGAUUUGAAAGCAAUGAAGAUAGAGAUGCCUUUGUGGAAAAUGUUUUUGAACAAACUAUUGAUAAAGAAAUAGAAUGUUCAUGCAACCAGGUAGGAUGUAGGGUUAUAGAAACCCUGCUCCCUUUUGCCAAUGAUCAAGUCUUACAAAGAUUUAUGAACAAAUUUAGUGAAGAUUUAAGGCCUUUAAGUAAAGACCGAUUUGCUAGCUUUGUAUUGCAAGCAUUGGUAUCCAUUGCUUGUAGAAAAACACAUUUAAAAGAAUCUAAUGAAAAUACCUGUACGUAUGAAACAUUUGUUGUUAAAAUCAGUAAAUUUUUAUUAAACAAUUUAGAAGACUACGCUUGGGAUAAUUUUGGUAAUAGAAUUAUUAGAACAUGUUUUUCUGGUUUGGCCCAAAUAGUUGAAGACCAGAAGAGGCCACAUGCAAAAGGCGUCAAAAUUGAUAAUCAUGAAAUUGCUUUGGAUGCUCCAUUGAAACCAGAAUUUGUAGAGAUAGUCAAAGAAUAUGGAGAAAGAUUAUUGGUAUGGCCACAAUUUAGUCAGUUAUGCAGUUUAGAGUUAACAUCUGGUAUGUUACAAGUCUUGUUAAAAGCUUUAAAGAAAUGCGAUAACAAUCUGCUAAAAAAAUACCUAAAAAAACUAUUAAAUGAGCAUUUUCUAAAAGAAUCUGAUGAAAAUAAUACUUUACCUCCCGGGUUUAUGUCUACAAGUAUGCUAAUGCUUUUAGAGACAUGCUUACAGGUUGCUGGCAAAAAAGAUUUUAAUGCAUACUGGGAAAAAUUGUUUUGUGGAAGGGUACUGAAAUUGGCUUGUAUGAGAAGCACCAACUUUGCAGUACAAAAAUUAAUUGGUUGUUGUUAUAAUAAGGAACAGUUUGACUCAAUUUUUGAAGAAUUGCACAAUAAUUUUCAAGAAAUUCUUGAGAAAGGCCAUCCAGCAGUCCUUCUAGCACUAUGCGAAGGCUGCAAAAGGCUAAGUUCCAAGCAAGGAGCAUUUUUUCAGAGUAUGAUGAAAUGCCUAAAUUGCUUAGAGCCCGAAGAAAAUCAAAACCGAUUUACUCUUGCUAUGUGUAGAUUGCGUCCAUUUGAUCCAACCAGUCCCGUUUCCGACGAAAAUCUUAGUAAAGAAAAAUUGAAUUUGCAAGGAGCUCUUAUGCUACAGCGAAUGUUGGAGUUUAAUAAGCCUAUUAAACUUGUUAAUUCUAUUUUGAGUAUGGACCCAGAUGUUUUAAAGAUGUUAUUUUCUAAUUCUAUGGGAAGUCAUAUAGUGGACUCUUAUAUGACGAGCAGUUUCGUUGGGGAAAGAAGUAGAGAGAGAUUGAUCUGGAAAAUGAAGGGUAAAUAUCAAGAGCUUGCCUCAUCUAAGUUCGGUUCAAGAUCUUUUGAGGCCUUAUGGAACGCGGCCACUAUGAAAGCUAAAUUAAGUAUCAUGGAAGAAUUGGGACAUAAAGAUGGUGCCUGGUCUAAUUCCGAAUAUGGUAAAAUAAUUGCAGGAAAAGUGAAUUUAGUUAUGUUUAAAAGAAAUAAAGAGAAUUGGAAGAACAGCUAUGGCAAGGAAGCAAAGCCUGAAAAGAUGUUAGAGGCUAUUUUAAAAUAAUACUAUUAAAUCUGGUAUGAUCUAUAA